AUGCGUCGUUCAGAAGAGUUUCAAAAAGAGCUUUCAGCGAGAAGAAAGGCUUUUCAACGAUUAUCAAGAUUAGCCAUGGCCAAUAAAGAGAAUUCGUAUACGAACAACAAUAACGAAGACGAUGAUCGUGUUUUGAUUGGUACUCGCAUUUCAGAAGGUCAUCGUAAUUAUAUCUUGAUGUACAAUAUGCUGACGGGUAUUCGAAUUGCUGUGAGUCGAGUCACGGCCAAGAUGGAUCGUCCUCUGACCGAUGAAGAUUAUGUGGCUGCUCAUAAGCUGGCCUUUGAUGUUGUUGGUGAUGAGCUAACACCUGGUGCAAAAUAUGAUUUCAAGUUCAAGGAUUAUGCACCUUGGAUAUUCCGCAGCUUGAGAGAUAGGUGUGGUGUGGAUCCUGCAGACUAUUUGAUUUCUCUCACGAGCAAAUACAUCCUCUCUGAAUUGGGUUCUCCCGGUAAAAGUGGUAGCUUCUUUUACUAUUCCAAAGAUUAUCGAUACAUUAUAAAAACCAUACACCACACUGAGCAUAAAUUUAUGAGAAAGAUCUUGAAAGAGUACUAUGAGCAUAUUUGUAACAACCCUGAUACCCUGCUUUGCAGAUAUUAUGGUCUACAUAGAAUCAAGCUACCACAUGGAAGGAAAAUUCAUUUUGUGGUGAUGAGUAACGUUUUUCCUCCCAGUAAAGAUAUUCAUGAGACGUAUGAUUUGAAGGGCUCGACCUUAGGUAGAUUUUUACCCGAAGAAGAAAUACGUAAGAACCCUUAUGCCGUCAUGAAAGAUCUCAAUUGGGAAAAGAAGAAUCGUAAGCUUCAAUUAGGCCCUGUUAAAAGAAAGCUAUUCAUAGGUCAACUGGUUCGUGAUGUUACGCUACUCACACAGUUAAAUAUUAUGGAUUACAGUCUACUUAUUGGUAUUCACGACAUGUUACGCGGAAACAAGGAUAAUAUUCGCGACACUACAUUGCAGACGUUUCAUCCUAAUACAAAACUGGUGCAACGUAGAAAUACAUUAAUGAACCGUAAAUCAAGUAAAGCACAAGUAGUUCGUACAGCGAUUGCAGAAGCUACAUUCAACAAACUAGAUGCUUCCAAAUUACCAGGAGAUACUCAAGAACGCCAUAGCUGUGCAUUUUAUGCCGAAGAAGGCGGUUUCCAAGCUACCGAUGAAUCAAACAGGCCUCUGCCAGUCUUAUAUUCUUUGGGCAUUAUCGAUAUUUUAACACCUUAUGAUAUGAAGAAAAAAUCAGAGCACUUUUAUAAAUCACUGACGACGCAAGACAAAAACGGCAUUUCAGCUGUCAAGCCCACUCAGUAUGGCCAACGAUUUUUGGAAUUUAUGGCCAAUGCUGUUCUUGAGUGUAACCAUGAUAUACCGAGAGAAUACAAGAUGAAGAACCGUAUCAAGCAUUUCUUCUCUUAG